AGAAACUCAUAAUUAAUUCAUUAAAUGGCAUUCCAUAAUUCCAUUUCACUUGGCGAGUUGUUCUUAAUCUACAAGUUUAUGAUUUAAUGAAGCAAUUAACAUCUAGACAGGAGCCGUGUAAACAUAACACUGAAAUGAAUCCCCCUUUUUCUCUAUGUAUCUGUUCACAAUUCUGUUUCCCUGCAGAGUACUUCAUUGGGUCUCAUUUCACUAUAAAAUUCCAAAUACAGUCUAGUCUAACUUCACCAUAACCAUGGAUUUCAAAGCAGAGCUCAACACACAAAUAACAGAAGAAGAAGAUUGUUACUAUGCUGAGAUUAGGAAGCAGAUCAGUCUACUUUUGACAGCAUAUGAUGAUGACGAUGAGGUCGAACAGCUUCCCAAAACUGCAGCCAAACCAGGAGCAGAAGUUCGACAAAGAGAUUGUUGGCCACAGCUAGAGAGAAAUAUGAGUUUGUGCCCAAAUGGGAAUGAUUUUGAUGAACCUGUUUGGCAUGUAAAUUCAUGGGAGAAUGGGAAUGGAACGGGGGUUUUCAUUCCUCAAGCAGUCAAAUACAAAAAAUAUUGUGUUUUCAGAAGGUUGAGAAAGCAUGAGAGAAAAGAGAAACACAGACAAAAGAACAUCGAAACCGAGGACCAUCCUUGUUUUUAAAAGGAUAAAUUGCAAAAAAAUACCCCUCAAGUUUGUCCAUGGUAUAAAAAACAUCCCUUUUCAAAAGCUACAACAAUACCUUCUAACCUUUCAUAAUAUGAAUCCUACGAAAAUUGAGACUUGAGACUUGAAACCACUGUGGUAGUGCUCGAAUUUUAAUUUUCGUUUCAAGCCACUUAUAAUUUUCUUAGGACCUUCUUCUAAUAGAUUUCUUCUACUGAAAUUGAGGAAAAAAUAUGAAUGGACAAAGGUAAUAUUGUAGAAUUUGAAAGAAAAUAAAACAUAAAGUUGAGGGAUAUUUUUGUAAUUUGACGUGUUAAAAAGUUGUAUGUACCUUUGACAUUCCCAUAUCCUGCUACCAAAUGAAUAACGACAAGGUCUUGUUCUCUUUGGACUUU